UCGAAACUCGAUCAAACUCUGGAUAAACUUGUGGAUAUGUUCAAGAAAUUAUCUCUCAGAAGUGAAGAUAAUAAGCACCGAAAGAGACAUCAUGGAAUAUUUCACAGUAUACCUCAUAUGCCUCCAAUUCCCAGAAGAUAUGAUUUUUCCAAAAAUAACAGAGCUAGCAAGAUUAAGAAAUAUCCUAAAGUAGAUUUAGGUGAUGGAUGUGGAAGGCUUUCAAUCAAAACGCACCUCAAUAAUAUUUGGAAGUCAGUUUAUUCUAUAGAAAAUGAUAUAGAGUAUGGAAUUUUUGAAAAACUCCGUAUUAUUGAGUGUGAACUAAGUUGUAUAAAUAAAGUAAAGCUACCAUGGAUAAAGUCUGAGACAGAAACUAAUUCAUUCAGCUCUGAUUCAGAAUCUACGGAUUCAGACUGGUAUGAUCUCAAUCCAAUAAAAUCCCGAAAGAAUCGUGUUCAUAUUAAAAAGAAAAAGGUUGUCUCUCCUAUCCGAAAACAUCGUGGAAAUAAGCUUCGUAAUAAGGCCUAUUAG